AUGUUGGAUCGGAUCCUCGGCCCGCUCAGGGCCCGACGGGCUCAGCACCUCCUACAGAGGGGCAAGCUAACCCUGCUCUGCCUCUUCCUUACAAUCCUCAUGCUGCGAGGAAACCUAGGCGCCGGAAAAUUCGGUACGCCGGAGAAGGACCUCGACGAAAUCCGUGAAACCUUUUCCUACAUCCGCCGGCGGGCCGAGCCCCGCCGCGUGCUGGAGGAGGUGUCGACGGUCUCCACGGCAGCUCGGGAGGAGCCGAAGCCGAGCGUGGCCAAUAACUACGCCGAUUUCGACAUUACCAAAGUUUUCAAGGACGAGGACGAUGGGGUCGAGGAGUUCAAGCGCGAUCCGUCCCAGCCGUACACACUCGGACCGAAAAUCACGGAUUGGGAUCAGCAGAGAUCUGAAUGGCUAAAAAAGAACCCGAAUUUCCCUAAUUUCCUGACGGAGACCAAACCUAGGGUUUUGCUGGUGACUGGUUCAUCACCCAAGCCGUGUGAGAACUCCGUAGGCGAUCAUUACUUGCUGAAAUCCAUCAAAAACAAAAUCGAUUACUGCAGGCUUCACGGGAUUGAGAUUUUCUACAACAUGGCCCUGCUAGAUGCCGAGAUGUCCGGUUUUUGGGCCAAGUUGCCGUUGAUCCGGAAGCUUCUGCUCUCCCACCCAGAGGUUGAGUUCUUGUGGUGGAUGGAUAGUGAUGCCAUGUUCACGGACAUGGCCUUCGAGAUACCUUGGGAUAGGUACAAGGAUCACAAUCUAGUAAUGCACGGCUGGAAGGAAUUGGUUUAUGAUGAAAAGAAUUGGAUUGGGCUGAACACAGGCAGUUUCUUGCUUAGAAACUGCCAGUGGUCUUUGGACAUUCUUGACACGUUAGCCCCAAUGGGCCCCAAGGGGAAGAUUCGUGACGAAGCUGGACAGCUCCUUACACGGGAGCUCAAAGGCCGGCCUGUUUUCGAGGCAGAUGACCAAUCUGCCAUGGUUUACAUACUCAUGAGUCAGAGAGAUAGAUGGGAGAAUAAGGUUUAUCUUGAGAAUAAAUAUUAUUUGCAUGGUUAUUGGGGAAUCUUGGUUGAUAAGUAUGAGGAGAUGAUCGAGAAUUAUCAUCCGGGCUUUGGUGACCACAGAUGGCCACUAGUGACUCACUUUGUUGGCUGCAAGCCAUGUCAGAAAUUCGGGGAUUAUUCGGUCGAGAGGUGCUUGAAGCAGAUGGAUCGCGCGUUUAAUUUCGGGGAUGAUCAGAUUUUGCAGAUGUACGGUUUUAGUCAUAAGUCGCUUUCUAAUAGGGGAGUCAAGAGGAUUAGAAAUGAGACGAGUAAUCCUCUUGAGGUGAGGGAUGAACUCGGUUUGCUUCAUCCCGCGUUUAAGGCAGUGAAGGAGUGGGUUUUGUACUUUUGUACAUGCCACCCAUACCCUCAUCUCGAGGUUGAGGGACAAUUGGUAUUAGAAGUCAGAACGAUUCACGAUAUUGUUGCGAAGACAAGAUGCUGCAACAGGCGUGUCACCGACAUCUACAACCUGAGCCACCGGAUCGAGUGGACAAGUAAAUGUACCGUGACGCCGACAACCAGGGCGUGCGCGGGGGAAUUCACGGAGGACGUGGUGGCCGUGGUCCAGGCGGGGCGCCCCGCCGGAGAUCUCCACAACCACCGUCCGGCGACAAACACGGCGAGGAGACAGUCUCGGAGGUCUUCGUGGACGACAACGAUCAACACGACGACAGAGGCAAGCGCGAGGAGGCUGCUUUCGUCGGCGGAUAUCGUGCCCGAUGCGAUUUGGGACUUGAACGUGAUGGCGCCGACUUCAAGGGAACAAGAUGACGGGCUAUUGUACGACGGGCUAUUGUACGACGGUCCAUCGACCAUUGAUGAGGAGCCUCCGGGGCUGGAGGAUGAAGUUGGAACUGCUGCUAUCAAAAUCGUUGAACUCAAUGCGAUUUUUGGUAGACGUGUUGUGCAGUAUAGAGAAUUCCAAUGGCACGAGUCUGACAUUUUUUUGUCAUCUUUUAAUCCAUGUUUCAUAACCCUUGAAGGUGGUGUUGCAUCUGGAUUUAAUAAACCUGAAGAAGACACGCGGUUAUAUAUGUUGAAGCAGCUUCAUGAAGGGAAGUGUGAGUUUGUCAUUGUUGACGAUGGCGCACUUUCCAAAUUGAUUCUCGAAAACAAAAAAUUGUUGGAUUGUGGUUCCGAAGUAUUUGUUUGGGUUGGCCGAUCACAGUGCCAUUUAACAUUCGUGUUCGACCGGGAAAACGAGGGGGAUUUCCUACCAUGGGUUCGACACCACACGUCGGCCACGGGUGCGCAUCGGCUUCGAGGGAAAAGCCUUCCGAACCGGGAGAGAAUUACCCGUAGUGCGAUAUUGUCCGCUUUGGGUACUCUCAACCUUCCCCGCACGGUUUUGCCUUUGGGAACUCGCUCACCCAAAACGCGUCACACUAGUAAAGGUAUCCACAGCCACUUAUAUGGCAUGCUUCGUUCUCCUUCACAACCGAUGUGGGAUAUCUGCAUCCACCCCCUUCACAGGGGCCCAGCAUCCUCGCUGGCACAUGGUUCGGGUGCUGGCUCUGAUACCAAUGUAACAGCCCAGCGAUCUAGACCCGUAGUGCGAUAUUGUCCGCUUUGGGUAUUCUCAACCUUCCCCGCACGGUUUUGCCUUUGGGAACUCGCUCANUUAUUAUACACGAGUUUGUUUGUAUCGCAACCUCCGUCCAUCGACGGCUCGUUUUCCACCGAAAAAGCGAGCGUGCGACGCACACGCUCGAAACUUGAGGUUGGUGUCGAAAACGAAAAUGGCUUGGAGACAAACGGAGGUGAUGGGUUGGAAGCUGAUGUGAAGAAACUUCAAUCAGAUUUGAAAGAGGUUGGAGCUUGUAUUGAAAAUGUUAUGGAAGAAAGGGCCAAUCUUGAAUUGUGUUUGAAGAGGAAAAGUGCUCGUGAGCGUUGGCUGUGGAUUGUGAUUCUGAUCUCUUGGGUGAUCAUAUAUUUCAUGUUGUAG